AUCCCCCUCUCUCCUUUCACUUUCCUCAACUUCUCCUCAUCGUGCGUCACCUCUACUACCCCGCCAUCUCAACCUCUCCUGCCAGACGGUAUCGAUAGAAAAAAGUGGCUGGAACAAUUCAAGAUGCAUGUUGGAUCUUGGAUAACUGCAUUGCUCCCAUUGGGCGCCGCAGCCGGUACCUUCAAGCGUCAGUCCAACACCUCCGAGUACCAACUGCAGAAGGGACCCUUGGAUACCGACUGGACCGAGCAGGUUGGAACAAGCCCAUGGCCUGAAUACCCGCGACCCCAAUUGGCACGUUCCGAGUGGAAGAACCUCAACGGCGUAUGGCAAUAUCAAAAUGCCACUGGAUCCGAGCUUGAAACUCCACCCUUUGGGAAGGACCUAUCCAAAUCCGUGCUUGUGCCUUUCUGUCUCGAGUCUGCUCUUUCAGGAAUUAUGGGAACUCGUACUAUUUACAGCUGGUACCGGACACACUUCGAUGUGGAUUCCGAAUGGAUCGACUCGGAGAAGCGUGUCUUGCUCAACUUUGGCGCAGUCGACUGGCAGACGUCGGUUUUCGUCAAUGGCAAGUUUGCUGGAAAUCAUACCGGAGGCUACUUUCACUUUGCUUUCGAUGUCACCGACCUUGUGAAUACAAACGGCACUAAUGAGUUAGUCGUGUGGACCUAUGACCCUACAAAUGAGGCUGGUAAAAUGAUUCCCCUGGGGAAACAGCGAUUGAAUCCGGAUCACAUCAACUACACGCCAUGCAGUGGCAUCUGGCAGACGGUCUGGCUCGAGUCCACAGGCCGCGAGUACAUUACUCAGCUGGACAUUGACGCAAAGGCAAAUGGCGAGUUGAACAUCACUGUCCACAGCGCGAGCGGCGGCCAGGGUAAUUCAUCCACCGGUUCUUCAUCUACCGGUUCAUUCGAAAUCACCAUUCACUCGCAAGGCACCGAAGGCGUCGCGCUCCAAGAAACCGGAUCGACCAACGCACCCACGCUAUUCAAGGUCGACUCCCCCAAGGUCUGGUCGCCGGACUCGCCUAAUCUGUACAACGUGACGGUGAAACUUGGCAGCGACACGGUUUACAGUUAUACGGGGUUCCGCACCGUAUCCAAGGGCGUUGUUAACGGUCUACCCCGGCCUUUGCUGAAUGGCGAGUUUGAGUUUUUGUUUGGACCCUUGGACCAGGGUUACUGGCCUGAUGGCCUUCAUUCGCCGCCUUCGUACGAGGCUAUGGUGUCUGACUUGAAGGCUGUCAAGGAAGUUGGUUUCAACAUGGUUCGCAAGCACAUCAAAGUCGAGCCAGGACUGUUCUACCAGGCAUGUGAUCAGCUAGGUCUCAUGGUCGUACAAGAUAUGCCGGCUAUGCCUACUUACUCGUCUCCCCCAGCGGAGCCUUGUGCACCCGGUCCAGUCGUGGAACCACAGCAGCAGCAGGAAUUCGAGCGCGAACUAGCUCUCAUGAUAGAGCAGCUCAAGAGUUAUCCAAGCAUCAUAACAUGGGUCAUCUACAACGAAGGCUGGGGCCAGAACCGUGAAGACCGCGCAACCGACGAGCGCCUAACCGCCCUCGUCCACUCCCUCGAUCCCACCCGCCUCAUCGACACCGUCUCGGGCUGGUACGACCACGGCGCGGGAGACUUCCACGACAACCACCACUACGCAUUCCCGCAAUGCGGGACGCCAUUCUGGGGCGGGCUCUCUGGGCCCUACGACCCGUCGCGCAUCGGCUUCCAAGGCGAAUUCGGCGGCAUCGGGCAAAACGUAUCCAUCGAGCACCUCUGGAACGUCAAGCAAGCCAUUGACCAGAUCAACCAGACGUACGAGCUCGCCGACAGCGAGGACGCGUGGAACUGGCGCAUCCACGCCACCUUUAUGGACCUCCUGCGCCAGGUCGAGGCCUUUAGCUGCUCGGGCGCCGUCUACACCCAGACGACCGAUGUCGAGGGCGAGGUCAACGGUCUGUUGACUUAUGAUCGCAGGAUCAAUCGCAUGGAUAAGGAGCAGUGGCGCAGCGAUAUCGGGGACUUGUAUCAGGCUGCUAGGGAGAGAGGCACUGUGCCUGAUGGUGAUGGUGACACCGCGUCGCCCAAGGAGAAGCGACAUUUCCCCAAGAGGGUGGCGCCCGUUUCGGAUGAGUUUGGUAUGCGGUCUAUGUAA